CUACCACAUCACAGUUCAACAUGCCCUACCCAAGACUGAUACGAAACGGGUUGACACCCGCCGAGGUGGAAUUCAUUGCAGAAAACGAAACUAUUACAAUUGUACCACUCCACAGAAUGGGCACCCUGCAACUCAUUAAUGGAUCAUACGGUCCAUUCAAGCCACCAAUAAAACACCAAGUCCCACUAUGGCUGGCUUUAACACUAAAACGAAAGCAAAAGUGCCUGAUACAACCGCCGGAGUGGUUGGACGUGGCCUAUUUGCGCACAAAAUUAGAGCAAGAGACGAGCGGAGAGAAUUUCAGCGACUUGCCCUUUCGUUUUAUGGAAGUCUCCCACGCGUUACUUGAUUGCGCGGCAGAUGAUGUACCACAAGCAGACAUGGUGCGAACGCUUCUGAAGGAUCUGCGAGAAGUAAGGCAAGCCAAAGCACGCCGGGGUCUACAGGCAAUAAAUCCACGCUGCGUCGAGAUGAACAAUCUCGGGAUGAUGGAGCUGAAUGAGAUCCGCCCUUUUUUUACGAAAGCGUUCAAUGAAUUGAAAAAAUUGCGAAAACGUCCACCUGGCGAUUCACAGCCAAGUCAGCAUACAAAUUCCGAUCAACUUGGGCAGUCCCAACGAACAGGAAAUGGGUUGUCUUUUUCACCAUCCAUGUAAAUAAACGUCCACAGGAAAUGACAAUAGUAUCCUACGGCGCUGAUCAGUCCCCCUCGACGGCAAAUAACCAGGAUCCCACCCACUUAAAUCAGGGAAAGAUCUGCUCUAAAUACAAACUUCUAUGGUCGUGAGGUUUCAUAUACCCUCCUCCG